GACCGCGCAAGGUGCCGAACCGAGCGACACUAAGGGUUUUCGACUUAGACAUAGACAACCAGUCUGCGAGUGGAGGCAGAGCGACCUGGACCGGCCUGGACUUCCCCGCGGACCUCCUGUACUCGACGAGCUGCCCGGCAACCAGCCACGCAAUGGCUGGAGAAAUGAGCCCUGAUGAGUUCCGCGAGUUCGGUCGGGCGGCCGUGGACUUCAUCGCCGACUACAUCGAGAACAUCAGGGAGCGGCCCGUGCUGCCCGCCGUGGAGCCCGGCUACCUGCUGCCCCUGCUGCCCACCGAGUGCCCCCAGGACCCGGAGCCCUGGCAGGACGUCAUGAAGGACCUGCAGAAGCACAUCAUGCCCGGGGUGACGCACUGGCAGAGCCCGUCCUUCCACGCCUACUUCCCGACGGCCAACUCCUUCCCCGGCGUCGUCGGCGAGAUGCUCAGCGCCGGACUCGGGGUCAUAGGCUUCAGCUGGAUAACGAGCCCCGCCUGCACCGAGCUGGAGGUCAUCGUCACGGACUGGCUGGGGAAGAUGCUGGCGCUGCCGGAGGAGUUCCUGCACUGCGGCGCCGGCGCCGGGGGCGGCAUCAUACAGGGCUCGGCCAGCGAGGCGACGCUGGUGGGCAUGCUGGCGGCGCGCGACCGCACCGUGCGCAAGGUGCGCGAGGAGGACCCCAAGCUGUCCGACGGCGAGAUCAGGUCCAAGCUGGUGGCGUACACGUCAGACCAGGCCAACUCGUCGGUGUGGAAGUCGGGGCUGCUGGGCGCCAUCCCCAUGCGGCAGCUGCCCACCGACGCGGAGGGCGCGCUGCGCGGCGACGUGCUGGAGGCGGCCAUCCGCAGCGACCGCCAGAAAGGCCUCAUCCCCUGCUUUGUUGUCGCCACCCUGGGCACGACGGGCACCUGCGCCUUCGACAACCUGGAGGAGCUGGGACCGGUCUGCAACCGCGAGGGCCUGUGGCUGCACAUAGACGCGGCCUACGCGGGCUCCGCGUACGUCUGCCCCGAGCUGCGACAGACCAUGGCCGGCGUGGAGUUCGCCGACUCGUUCGACAUGAACCCCCACAAGUGGAUGCUCGUCAACUUCGACUGCUCGGUCAUGUGGGUCAAGAACAGCGCCGACCUGGAGAACGCGUUCAACGUGGACGCGGUGUACCUGAAGCACGACAAGCAAGGCGUGAUGCCCGACUACAGGCACUGGCAGCUGCCGCUGGGCCGCCGCUUCCGCGCGCUCAAGCUCUGGCUGGUGCUGCGCACGUACGGUGCGCGCGGCAUCCAGGCGCACAUCCGGAAGCAGGUGAAGCUGGCCCAGGACUUCGAGCAGUUGGUGGACCAGGACCCGCGCUUCGAGGUGGCCGUGCGGGCGCGCUGCGGUCUCGUCUGCUUCAGGAUGGUGGGCCCGUGCGCGCGCACGCAGGAAGUGCUCCGGCGGGUGACGGCGCGUCGCUCGCUCUACAUGUGCCCCGCCGUGGUGCGCGGCCGCGCCGUGCUCCGCUUCGUGGUGUGCAGCCGCCUGACCGAGGCCGAGGACGUCCGCCGCUCCUGGGAGGAGAUCGUGUCCCAGGCCGAGGCCGUGCUGCAGGCCGAGCAGGCCCUCGCCCCCGCCCCCGCCACCGCCACCGUGGCCGCCACCGUGGCCGUGUCCUGCGACCCCGACAGGGCCAAGACCAACAGCGUCCUGCACAUGCUGGGCGCCACGGCCGCCGACGGCCAGCACACCGUGUGACGUCAUGUGUGGUGUCAGUCGCCGACGCCAUGUUAGUCGGCUCUUGGAUAGAUGUGAUAUAUGCUUAGUAUAGAUUAGGAUGUAAGUAUUAUUGUGUUGUUCGCCGGUUAUGAUAAAAUAAAGUGAAUUGUUUCUGCAA